CGCGACGCGGCGUAUCCAUCUCUCCUCAGUCGACGUCAAGCCGUCGCGACGCGUGCGUCUUCUCUUUUGUUGGUUUUGCGAACCUCACGAGACUCGCGUGUCUCGCACAGCGUGACUAGUCUUGUCCGUGUUCGCCCACCUGUUCGCUCCAGUAAGUCGAUCGCGAGUAUCAUGACAACGAAUGUUAUGUUCCGUGUAAUAAUCGGCGACUUGUCGCUUGGUGCACGUGCGUCAUCCUUGUUGUCGUAGCUUCGUUACCUUGUGUUUCCGUGUUUCACCAGGGAUACCUGAGAUUUCGAGGGGUUCUCGCGAGUGACCUGACAACCUCGCGGUCCAGGAUCUGCCACGCGAUCAUCGCGACGCGUGUGUCGUGUUUCGAGCACCGUAAUCUCGUGAUAGGUGGUUUGCUAGCCGGCUAAACUGGAACAGUGCUACUGGUACGUUGCAAUAGAAGAAGAAACAAACGGUGUGACGAAGAAUCUGUUGCAAUCGUGUUGGUAAUCAGUGAACCAAUCUCUCGGUGAUAAUUAGUGCGAAACACUCCUUGGAUUAUGACUGUUGGGUAGAUGACACUUGGCAUUCCGUCGUCGUAGGGUCGACGCAGCUUUCCAUCUCCAUCAUACGCUUUCUACUCGUCAAGAAAAUCAUCAUGACUCGAUCGAAGGACACGUAAGAAUAUUCUAGUCGAUCAAUUAGUUCGCUUAACGCCGUAGCUAAUAUCGCGGUAUAUCGGCGAACGUACAUGAACCUAUGUAACUUGUGAACAUCGGGGAGGGAGGAACGAAAGAAAGAAAGAGGAAAGGAAGAAAGGAAAAGAAGAGGAACAGAGUGGAAGACGAAAAGAGGAAAAGCCGCGAGAUACUAAAGCGUGGCAAAGCCGCGGCAGCAGCUGUGUCGCGGUGAAAGUACGAAAGAAAGUCGAGCGUAAAUGCUCGUAGGGGCGCUUAAGCGAGUUUACACGCGGGCAAGCGUACCGUGAGCCGGCUUGAAACGUUAGAAACGCUGGAACGUGAAAACGCGGCCGUGCGCUUGUGAGGGAUGCGGCCCAUGGGCGAAGGGUGGGGUCUUUGGGCACCGAUAAGGCUUAUCCGAAGAUACGAUGGCCGGCUGCUCGGCUCUUGUCGUCAGUCGUAGUGCUCAGGUGGAGUCGACAAGAGCGCCGUUCGCUUUAAUUCACACCGAUAUCGUGAGUUCGCGUCUCUUCUACGUACGAGUAUCAUCGCUGCUAUCGUAUCCGGUUGACCGACCUCCAGUUGAAUUAGACGCAGCCACGGAAACGCCAGAGGACCUCGACCAGGUGGCGGAGGGUGCUUGAGAACGACGACAACCUUGAAAUAGACCAACAGGAAUCAGCCAAUCGAGGGUCCGCGUGGUCGAUAGCUGGGAUUAUUCGACAGCUUCGUAUCGAACGUUAAACGUCGCCAAAGUUACGCCAAAAGUCUGCAGUAGUAACAUUGAACAGAUUUCCCUAGAGACAGAUUGGUGUCUGUAUCAGUGCAACCGUAUCUCGUGAACAGUGUAUGCUUUCUGUGUCUAAUAUUCAAAAAAAAAAAAAAAAAAAAAAAAAGAGAAAUAAUUCGUGACCGUACAAUUGAUGAUUCGGUGGAAUUGUUCGAAUAAAGAAAAAGAGGAGUAGAAAAAGUGUGUUUUCUUGAUGAAAGUUCCGUUUGUAUAUCCAUAAUCCGGUGGUUGAUUCGCACGUGUGUAGUAGUUAGUGUUUGAGGGUUGAUACCUUCAAACCGGAAACGUCGAGUAAUCCUGUCUUCCUCAAGGAUAAACGAGGCUGAGGGAGGGAGGCACCGAGAACCGGUCGCAAGGAGGAUUCCUAUGAAAAUGCUUCAAUCUUUGAAUGCUCUGGCGGGUAAGAUCUCGCCGGGCUCGCCAACCGACAGCAACGCAAACAAAGUGCACAUGCACAACAACAACAACAACAACAACAACGUCGUGCAUCAUCAUCAUCCGUACUCGAAGCAACAGGCGCAGCAGCCGUCGCCGUCGUCACAGUCGAGCAACGGCGACCAAAAGGAAAACACCAUAAUGAACAACAAUGGCGUAGAACAACCAGACCCCGACAACAUAAAAAUGUUCGUAGGUCAGGUACCUCACGACAUGGACGAGAACGAUCUGAGGAAGUUGUUCGAGGAGUUCGGUCGGGUGCACCAGAUAAAUAUCUUGCGGGACAAGAUCACCGGAAGUCAUAGAGGAUGUUGCUUCGUAACAUUUUAUACGAGAAAGGCCGCUUUGGACGCCCAGAAUGCUUUGCACAACGUAAAAACCUUCAGCGGGAUGCGCCAUCCGAUCCAGAUGAAACCUGCGGACAGCGAAAACAGAAACGAACGUAAACUGUUUGUUGGCAUGCUGUCGAAGAAGUUCAGCGAAAACGAUGUUAGGAACAUGUUUAGCAUUUAUGGAACCAUCGAAGAAUGUUCGGUGCUGAGAGACAGCACCGGGAAAAGUAAAGCCUGUGCCUUCGUUACCUUCGCUAGUAAACAAUACGCUAUCAACGCCAUUAAAGCUCUUCAUCACUCACAAACGAUGGAGGGAUGUUCGUCGCCGCUGGUUGUGAAAUUUGCAGACACGCAGAAGGAAAAGGACCAGAAGAGGAUGCAACAGCUUCAGACGAAUCUUUGGAAUAUAGCAGGAGUCAACAUGGCGCCGCAUUACCUGACUAACGACACGCCUGCUUUGGCGCCAGCCUCGUUGCAACUGUUGCAACAACUUCAGGCGACAACGAGCGCGGCGACUCCGGUCGCGGCAGGUGCUGGUGCAAGCGCGUUGUCGAGCGUACAGCAUCAAUUGUUACUGCAACAACACCUUGGCCUCGGCGCGGCGACUCCUGCGCAUGCGGCUGCCCCCGCUGUACCAAGCCCGCCAGAAAUUAACCCUGCGAACCUCCAAGGCCUGGCGACGCUCGCGUCCUUGAGCAAUACCGCCGGUGAGUAUGCGAAUGCAGGAGUAUCACCGAUGAGUAUGCAGAACCUGGUCACCCUGGCAGCCAUGACAGGCGGAAACGGCAACCUUCAGGUGUCGCCAAACACGUUAAGCGGACUGGCGAAUUCGACAGCAGGUAUGUCGCUAUCUGUCCUUCUUGGAAAGACCGGAAAUACAGGGUCUACCGGAGGUAGUCUCAGUCCCGUGACGUCCCUAGCGCUCAAUUCCCUUACGGGUACACCUCUAAAUGGAUUGCAGGACUCCUUGAGCAACGCUUACUCCAGCUUACAACAAUAUGCAGCUCUCAUUGGAAAGACGACGGUGACCGUGGAAAAGAAAGAAUUACAUAGGUUCCCCGCGUUCACGGCAGCGGCAGCCGCAGCUGCGGCUGCGGCCCAAAAGGCAAAAUUCACCAGCACGGACAAGCAGAUAGAGGGUCCUGAAGGAUGCAAUCUGUUUAUCUAUCAUCUACCGCAGGAGUUCAGCGACACUGACUUGGUUUCAACAUUUCUGCCAUUUGGAAACGUCAUCUCGGCAAAAGUCUUCAUCGAUAAGCAAACGCAACUGAGCAAGUGUUUUGGCUUCGUGUCGUACGACAAUGCGGCAAGCGCGCAAGCAGCGAUCCAAGCGAUGAAUGGCUUCCAAAUCGGCAUGAAACGGCUGAAGGUCCAACUUAAACGAUCCAAGGACGCAUCGAAACCCUACUAGCCGACGUCGUCCACCGUUUGUAGGUAGAUACCAAGGACUUCUCGGAUACCACGGCUCGGAAUCAACGACCUUGGUGUCCUUAAUCAAAAACCAAAAAAAAGAAACCACUAUUGACACAUUCCAUAAAUCUCGCGACGUCGAUCAUCGAUCGGGAAUGUUUCUCGGUCUGGAUAGAUAACAGAUAGAUAAUUAAAUAGAUAGAUGGAUAGAUAGAUAGAUAGAUAGAUAGGUAGAUAGAUAAAUAGAUAGAUAGAUAGAUAGAUAGAUAGAUAGAUAGAUAAAUUGAUAAAUAGGUAGGUAGGUAGAUAGAUAGGACUAGGUAUUUUCAAUCGACCAAAGUGUCCAGCAGAUAUCGCUAGCAAAAAAUCUCUAGUCAAGCAGUAAUUUUUAUGAAGGUCAAAGAAAAAUCCUUAAUAGUCUUCUUUGCUUUUAGACGCCAUAAAGAGGAAUUUACGAGACUGUGAUAAAAUUAAAGACUUACUAUAUCAUCAUAACUGUGUUCCGAAGAAUAUAUAAUUAGGAAGAACGUUCUAUAGAUACACAUAUAGAUAUCUGUAUAUUUUGUUCUUGUAAAUGAUUGGAGUAGCUCCAAAUGAGAACUAGUUUUCUCUAGAGUUCAAAUCUCUCCACAUGACAGUCCGUCCAUAUUAUCAACAUGCAUAUUUUGAUUAUUCUUAUAUCGAGAUGAUUAUAUCUAUUUUUCUUCGUUUGACUGCUGUAUAUCCGUAUUUCCCAUGAUAUACGUGAUUUUUAUCGACCGUAACAUUCUUCGAAAUCAAUAUCUCGUAUUAUGGAUAGGAUUCAAUGGCGCUUACAAGUGAUAAAGAAGUUUUGUUCUUGUUGAACGCAGUGGUAACUCAUCGAAUAUUUCGGUUCCUGCUUUUUUUUUUGCCGGUGAUGAGAUACAACGAAUAACUAUUGUGUAUGUCUUCUUUCUCUAUCUCUUUUUUUCUAUUUAAAUUUUGUUUCUUUCUCUUACAACGCUUUCCGAAGCAUAACUAGAAAAGACAUUGUAGUAUAUACAUGUUCAAUUAGCAUGUAGAUCGUUGAGAGCUUUUUUGUAAUACGUAUAAUUUACGUAUCCUUUGUGAUCGUGUAAGAGACGUUGUGUUUGUAUGCAAAUAAUUUUAGUUCAUAGAAUAUAUUAUAUACGUGAUAUAUUCCAAAUGAAAAAUCCCAGAAAGCUAUAAAAUAAAUAAUCUUUUGUCUAUGUUUCGAAACUGUAUUUAGUAGUUUCUAGGAUUUAUUCAGAACAUUUUUCAUUAAUAGGACCUUUCAAAAUUGUAUGUAUAUUUCUUGCUGUACGGUAUUUCAGGAAAAUACGAAUCGCAGCAGAACAAUGAUACUUAAUCGUGCCGCAUCAAAACGAGACCUAAAAGUAUUCUUAAAUACCAUUGCUCGAUAUACGUACAUAUUCGAAGAUGCAAGCCUGCCCAUUCUAGCCCUUUACCGCCCCACCAGCCCUCUUAAUUCGCGCCAGUGGUGUAAUCAAAAGUUCAUUUCGUUGCAAACGGCUGCCAAUCAAGCUUUCUGUGCUAACUUUUGUGCACAAAGUGGAAAUUACGUAAACGUGAAGUUUCACUAACCAAAUUCACCAUGUAGCUUCUCCUCAGAAUAUCAGAGUACAAGUAGUUCGCUUUAAGUUUUUUUCUCUCACGCAACGUUUUAGUUUCGUACGUUUAACUAAACUUUUGUUGUUGUUGAUCUUAUUUUUACUUGUUUGUCUUACUAUUUUUAAAAGGUCUGCUUCUAUCGUUCCUUUUUUAAUCGUUACAUAUGCAUUAUAUUUAUAUACUUCUACAUCUACAUAUACACAUGUAUAUACACACACACGCGCGCACACACACACAUAUAUAUGCUUCCAGUAACUUCGCCGAUAAUUAUUUGUUCGUUAUCCGACAUAAGGUACCAAUGAAAACAAUCGCCACGAUCUACCUUACUAAUUUAAUUUUCUGAUUACGCCACUAUAUUUUACAGUUGUAAUCGCGAUGAUCAGUCCCCCGUUGUUGUCGUCAUUCUUUCUUUUUUCUUUUUUUUUUUUUUUUUAUUGUACAGGGUACAGAGAACUUGGAACGUUCUAUCGUGACAAUAAUACUCGUAUAUCGAAGUUUGAUGGUUAAUUUACGCUAUGACGCUUCUUUAGUUGUUAGUACUAACAUCGCCGUGUGUUCUUUUUUUCUGGGAUGUCGUCGGACGCCGGGUACCAUUAUUGCCAGCAGUGGUUCAUCGAUUUUCUUCUUCCUAAAAUAUGUAUUCUACUAUUAUAAAGUCUUUACUAACGAUCGUUCGAUUUGUUUAUUUACUUACUUAUGCAAAGAAUCGGCGCGUCGAUGAACCACGAUGACAUGAAAGAAGCAACAAGAAUCGAAUAACAUUAAGACUGAUUAAACGAUAACGUUAACAUCCUUAGUAUAUUUCUUUUAUUAGAAAGUAUUUAAAGAGAAUAGAUCCUUGUCGCUCCUACAUAGGAACGAUGUACCGACAAACUACCUGUGUACACGUUGCGCGGUGACGUUGUAUCCACAAGAUCCUGCGACGAUGUUUUUAUUCGACUGAUUUACAUUAGCAAAUUCUGGUGGGUUGCAAAGCGCUACUAUCUACCUCGGUGAACUCGCUAGUCUCUAUAUAUUCAUUUUAUGUUUGCUAUCUUUUUUUCAACAUUAUCAAGUAAAGAACGCGAAAGGAGAAAGUUGGCAAACCUAUCAGGAUCGUUGGGAAAAGCAGAAAGCAGCAAAACGCGGACAGUCGUAAGGGAAAAGUUCCGCAGGUUCUAAAAAGAAAGUUUGAAUGAACGUCGCGCUGGUUCGUCACCGUGCACGUUUACGCGGUGUAAUAUCCUACAUAUCUGGUGUGUGGUGGUGACUAACCUGUCCGUGUGUUUGUUUGUGUGCCAGCAGGUGGCCUGUGACGUUGUGACCGUGUUCUCGAUCGGAGUCGCCGUGCCAUGUCUCAGUCAGUCGAAUCGGUCAAUCGUUCGAUCGAUCAGUCAAUCGAUUAGUCAAUCGAUUAGUCGAUCAGUCACGAUUCCUUGGUCAGCCUCUUGAUCAGUCAUUCUGUGUCUGUCGGUACCUGUAUACACCUGUCCACUCUCGCUCCUCUACAAGAAGCGGCAGCCCGCUCUACUUCCCACACAUAUACCAUUGUAUUACCAUACGAUGCUUCCUACUCUUUUUCCCUACACGACCACCCUGGAAGAAAAGCAAAACAACACCUCCUCCAACGAAUCCAUCCACCUAUGCGUGCACCGUUUCCAUCUACGGUCACCACUGCUUGGUCAGUACGACAUUUAACCGGGAAUAGCAGCACAAUGGCAGCACAGUGAUUGUCAAUUGUGGCGAGUUACAAUCUGUGAACGCGCCGAUCCGUGAUAAAUAAAAAAAACUGAUAUAAAGAGAGAAAGAAAGAGAAGAGUCCUCAACGAUCAUCGGCCAGCUUUUAAAAACUCUGGACCAGGUCGGUGCGAAAUUAGUCGAGGUGCGGAAACGGAAACGAGGAAUCGUCGUGGGAAAAAUAAACGCUCGAUCGCGUGUUACAAAAAUUCGAGAGAGACCAGGGAAACGACGAUAUAUCAUCGUUCAGAAUCGAACUAGCAUGUAAAGAGUAGCUAAGCGGAAGCCGGAGCACUACCGAUCGAUCACUAUGUUUUUAUGUUCCUUGGGCUAAGCUGUAACACACCGCUACAUUAUCUUUCUGUUUCUCUGUAUGUGUGUAUAUAUUUAAUUAUAUUUUUCACAAAACCAGUUUAUAAUUACUUAUAGCAAAUGCCAUAACAUAUGUAUCUUUCGGCGAUGUAACAACCUCACUAGAGAGUAACAUUGCUCUUACUAUAUCGCCACCUUGUACGUAGUUAGGGAUAACAGUGAUUCUAACAAAUAUUACAACAAGGUUUAGUUGUAUAGGUAGACUCUACCUUAAUCCAAUCUACCAACUAUACCUUGGGUUUUGAUGGUGCACGUUUUGAUACCAUUGCCACGAUAGCUGUAGUCAAACUGCACCAGUUGACGUUGCAAUCCAAAACAAUUUAACUGAACGAGUCAAUUACAUAUUAUCCGUUAUUUUUACAAUUUUACAAUGCAGGUUCAAAUAAGAGCUUGAGUUUUAAUGGAUUAAACAAAUUCACAGUAAACUGAUGCACGCAGUAACAGUGGCCACAUAGAUCCCUUUAUCCCGAAAAAGUCUAUUGCGGCCAUAACUUGACAUGCUCAACCAAAUACGUGUUCUGAUAGAAAUUUAGUCGGUUCUUUUUCCAUACUAAAUAGGACUCGCUUAAUCGUUUUGAUAUUGAUUCUUGAAUUGUCAAAAAUCGGUCGUACCUUUCAUCGUAAUAUCGUUUUAGUUUCGUUCGAAACUGCAAUGGAAACACCGCUUCGCUACUCUUUAUUUUGUAUAAUACUGUCAUAGUUCGGCAACGCUUUGUACGUGGCGACAACUCUGAAGUGUAACACACGCUACUUUAUCUCUUUGUUUCUCUGUAUGUGUGUGUAUAUAUAUAUUACAUAGCAUAUGCAAAUGUAUGCAACCCAUAUAUCUGUGCAUGUGUAUGUACGAAAAUGUGCGUAUGCGCGCGCGCGAGCCAUGCGAUCUAAAGCUGAUACGAAGGUACUGUAGAAAGAAAAAAUAGGAUAUAGUUACCACGAUCUUUCAGUCGCUUAAUUUACCAGCGAUUCGAAAUAAAUGAGUGAUGGAAGGAAAACAGGCAAGGAUCAAUUUUAGAUCGCAAAGAAUUCUCCGUGGACCUCUAGCGUAAGAAAUAUUUGCGUACAAUCACUAACUAGCCGUUAAAAAAGUAAAAAAGGAAAACAGGAAACGAGACAAAAGCAAGAAUGCUCGUUCUGUGAGACGGAACUUGUAUACCUUAUUGUAUAAUACGAAAAAUACUACCGCGCCCGAGUUCGCUCUUCGAUUGAGAAUCGAUUUUAUCGGCUCGCUUUCGGGAUCGGUGUCAGCAUCGCGAAGCGCCUGUUUAUAUGUAGAUAAAAACGCGCACUGGUGACUAUAGUGCUGACUCUAGUGACUCUAACUGAAUAAAUAAUAGAGAAAAUAACGUAUGUAGGAAAUGGGAAAAACCAUUGAAAAAAAGAAUAGUAGAACGAGAUGAAUGCAAACAAAAUGUGCUAGAACGAAAAAAUAAAAAAGAUACCGUGGUCCGAGCGAAAUGGGCAGAGUCAGAUUUACUGUUGUAAAUUAAAAAUAAUAUAAUGGUGUAAAGAUUACCAAAAAAAGAACCAAAAACAAAAAAAAGACAAAACUGGAACAGAGGAGACAAAACGAAGUGUAGGGAAAAACGAAAUACAUAAGUAGCAUUUUUUAAUGACUUUGUGAUAACGUUAUACCGUAUAUAGGAUUGGACUAGGGUCGCUUUUUAACGUAUGUAUGUAUAAUAGAAAUAAGCGUGGUAUGAGAAACUUAGUGAUGCAAAGAUUUUGAAGCGAAAGAAAAUCAUAAGAAAGGAAAGAAACGCGAAAGAAACGAAAUUGUUCAUCAGGUGACACUUCACUAGCGUGCACGCGAUCAUUCUAAUUUUCCUUCUUUCUUUCUUUCUUUCUUUCUUUCUUUCUUUCUUUCUUUCUCUCCCCUCUUCAUCACUCGUACCAAGGAGGUACUUACGAUUCACGUUUUUAAUUAUGAUCUCCAGUACAUAUGUUCGAGUUUGUAGACAAAAUACGUACUGACGGGUAAAAGAAAAAAUUGUACGUGUGAGUACACAAUGAGAAGAAAACGGAAGAAAAUUGGGAACAUUCGAAAAAUGGUUUACGAUCGUUGACAUGGUGAUCACAUGUUGGAAGGUCAUGUGAUUGUAUACGAAUUAAUCUUGAGUCAGUAACUAUUUUUGUUACGUUAAAUGCGACAAAUAUAAAUAAUUUUACGAAGUACGUAACAGCAAAUCAUUGUACAUUGUUAACUUUGUCUCUUGUCUGUAUAGUGUUUAAGUUUUUAAAAACGACGUAGAAUGCGGGUCAGGAUAUAUUCUGUUAAGAAUUUGAAAGUUUUUAUUGAUCCUUAAUGGUUCAGAAUUUCUAUACGAGAGCACUUACGUCGUUACUGAUGCAAGAUUAACUCAACGGCGUCACUGUAAGGUACUUAAUUUCAUUGUAAACCUAGAGAAGCAUACGAUUCCUGCAUAGAAAAGCACGAAAAAGAGAGAAACAGGAUCUUGAAGAGUCCAAAAAUGAUAGCUGACAUUUUUUACGGUAAAGCUAAUCCAGUCUGCGUGUUCCUUAAAUUUUUUGUUAUUGUCAGUUCAACGAAGACUUUACAUAGCGUCACUACAUCUGCAGUGUCACUGUAUUAUUCGAAUAUCAAGAAAAAUGAAUCAUGGCUCGCUAAUGAAACAUCGCAAGCUCUCCCUCUGAACGACAAAAAUAUUGAAAAUCGUAAAAGGAAGAGAACGAUGUAGUAAAAGCUUCGUCUUCGACUUGAACUAGAUCCGAUCGCUUGUUUUACACGAAAUGAUCGUGAAUUUCAUAAAUUGAGCCGUAUCAACAAGACAAAUUUCGUUGGAAAGUAUAAUCAAAUUAUUUUUUAUAUCGAAUCACUUAUUGACUUGUGCACGAAGGAAAAAGUUAAUGAUGGAUUCUAGGAUUGACGAAUAAUUAGAAUCACAGAGAAUAAUAAAUAAUAUAGUUAAAUCGCCUGGAUUUGUCUUGUGGAUAUGAUUUAAAAAAUCUAUUCGUUAUAUACAUCGAAGAACGAAAAACAGCUGAAGUGCAUAAGCGAUCAUGGCUGGCUCUCUUUCUGUUGCUCAUUUCCACGAAUCGUCCAUUCGUCAUUUCCCCUAUCCUUUUAUUCUUAAAGGAUCCGUUGAAAUUUUCAAUUUAUAGAUAUAAUCGAUUAGAGAAUCUGAUUUCUUAGAAAAUUCUCUUUUAAGUAUAAUAAUAAUAAUUUAAGCGUCAUCCGAUGACACUAAUGCACGAUUUACACGCACGCGUCAAACCAAAUGAACGGAGCAACGAACAUUUACUUUUUGCAUAUUUGCAGAGAAGAGUAAAGUAAUAUGUAAGAUGAUUCAUUAAAAACAGAUCGGAAACAGAAUAGAGUGGAAAUGAAAACAACAUUUAUUCGAAGUAUGUAAGAUAAUUAGAGAUCGAAUCCAUAAUGAAACCACAUCUCGUCACGGUCUUUUCUAUUUCAUUCGCUAUCCAUUGACAUACAUAUACAGUAUAAAUCAAUCCACCCAAACACCGUUUCAAAAGCUUGGUUCAUCCAUAAUCUCGUCGAACAUUACGGUUAUUACAUACGUAGAACCAUAUGCUUCUCUGUCGUCUCAGACGAUAUGCUUCCAGCGAUUCACGUUCACAUGUUCCUUUCCAUCAAAUUGAACCUAGAAAUAUUUCGGGACAUCGAAGUCAGCUAUUGAGCCAUCUUUCAUAAGUUAUCAAAUCGAAAAUUCGUAAUAAUGUCCCCAGACUCGUGUCUUAUCAGUCGCUCCAUGUUAAUUUAACAUUGAUUAUAUUUUAUUCUGCGUUUCUAAUUUAUUUUGUCAUAAAGAGUCAUUCUCCUACUCGUUUGUACGAUAAUUUUGACCGUAUUUGCACGAUUUUUGAUGGAUCAUCUCAUAUUGAUCGUAACGUAGGUGUUCGUUGCGUCAUAUUCCGUGCCAAUUACCAAAGACGUCUCUUUAAUUAAUCGAUGUACUUACGCACCGUGUUAACAACUAACUCUUCCUCUUUCACACACAAGCACGUUCAGCCGAUAUACAUAAAUAUAUAACAAUUAACUAAUUGUUUACGUGGAGUUACACGUUUUCUUAAGUUUUUUGUACACGUGAAUACAAAUGGAGCCUAGUCAGAAGUAACAUUAUGAAUUAAUAUAGCAUCAUAUUUUUCUUUCUUUUUUUUUUUAUAUUUCAUUCAUUUACCAAAUUCUCUUCAGCACGUAUGUUAAUUUCGUUUUUAAACAAAAAAUGAAAGAAAAAGGUCGGGAAAAACAGUGCUGCUACGUUGAUCACCAUUAGUACGAUUAUACUUAUUAUUAUUGCUAUACCCCACUUUACCAAUUAUUAUCGUUGUCCUCAUUAUUAUUACAAUUGUUACUAUUAGUUGAAUCAUUACAAUUUACCCCUAUUACUCUGUUGGUAAAUUAUUAAUGUUAAUUGCGACGUAAUUAUUACUAUAGAUACGAUUCUUGGUGGUAUCGUUAUUGUAAAACUUUAUUCUUAUCAUUAUUAUUACUUUUAUAUGUUAUUAUUAUUUAUAGGAAUGGUGUUUACAUUAUUAUUAUUAUUAUUUUAUUAUUAUUAUUAUUAUUAUUAUUAUUAUUAUUAUUAUUAUUAUUAUUAUUAUUAUUAUUAAUAUUAUUAUUAUUAUUAUUAUUCGUAGAAGCUUUGUUUGUUAGAUGAAAAUUGUGACGCUAAGCGAAUUACUUCGAUCAUGGUGCAAUAAAAAACUUUUGGAUCGAUUUUUACGAAAGCUUCGCAAGAAAAUGAAACGAACAAGGAUCACUCGUCAAACGUACUUAAUAAAUCGUCGUACUUGUCGAUUGUAGAAAUCUACAUAUUUAUUUUUUAAUGUCAGUUUUUUGUAUAUUUUGUAUGAUUUAUUUUUUUUAAUGAAUUUCAGCAUGUCCGGUGAAUAUCAGAGAUAUAUAAAUUUAUACGAGCUACUCAGGAACCAAACUGAUCCACCUUCUGAAAAAUUCUUAAUUUUAAUAAUAGAAUAUAAAAUUAGUGUCUAACUUUUUAAAAACCAAAUGAUUACCUCUAAAGUCGGUAAAUUUGGUUAUUGUGUGGCUCGUGUAUAAGUUUAAAAUAAAGUGUAUGAUCCUAUUUCGUUUCGCAUUAUCGUAACUACCAUUGCUGUCAAUAGCAUUGCAAUUGGUUAAUUACUGCUCGAUUAUGUAUUAUCUUCUUUUUUUUCUUCGUUUUAAAUGCCAGAUAUGUAUGCAUAAUUCGCAACAGUUAUCAUGUUCAACGGAUAUAUGUAUAUAUAUUUCAUCCCUACAAUGUUAACAGAUUAUAGUACUUUAUUUUGCUGUUUUUCUCUUCCGUAGAACGUGUUUUCUUUUUUUCAAUUUUUUGCUCUACUAUUACUAUUAAUAUUACUAUUUUUAUUUUAUAAUUUUAGAGUUGUGCGUCUAACCGCGUUCGUUUUCCUUGGUGCUCUUAUGUGUGCGAAUUUUUAAAAAAUGCAGCGCGUUAAUAUGUGCUAUGAACAGACUCGAAAGACGAUCGUUCAAAAAUGAAUUUGAUGUUCAAAAUUAAAUUAACAUGCAAGCAAACUGCAUGUGUUGAAGAUCGAUUGAUAUUUCAUAUUUAUACAUAAUAAAGCAAAAGAAAAUAUUAUGUAUAAGAGAACAUACUUUGACCUUAUAGUUAAAUAGAAAUUGUAUCUCAAAUUGAGCAAAUUCUAUAACAAUUUAAUCUUUCAUUCGUAUCGUAGGUGAUACGAAAAGUUUCUAAAGAUAAAAGAAAAAGAUGCUAUCGUACCAACAUUUUUCAAUAACAAAAAGAAAUGGAUGAUCGCCGUUCGAGGUCUCGAUCACGACAGAACCGAAUAUGCUUUCGCGUGGAAGAUCGACGAAAUUCGAUCGACCGCCUGAAAUUAAACAAAAAAAGAAGAAAGAAAGAAACACCACGGUGAAAACGAUCGUGAAUAAAAUCAAAGAAAAACCAAAUUUCACCGCUAAAACCGCAAACUAAUAGCAAAAUCCUUUUUUCUGUCCCUGCGCACUAUAAAGGCUCUACACGCGUGUGUAUCGUGCGUAUGUGUGUGUGUGCGCGUGUAAUACAAACAACCUAUAUAUGUAUAUAUAUGCAUAUGUGUGCGUGUGUGUAUAUAUAUAUAUAUAUAUAUGUAUGUAUAUAUAUACAUACACACAGAUAGAUAUAUAUGCAUAUGUAUAUCACGCCUGGGCAUUACGUGUGUUUCUUUCGUGUAUGUGCGUAUAGAGAUACAUGUACAAAUAAUCAAUGUAUAUUUUACGUGCGCUAUAAUCGUUCUUGUUGAACGUGAUCAUCCGCGUCACCCAUCGUUAUGUUUAAAAUGCUUGCGUUUAUAGAGAAAAUAGUUCUACAUAUUUUUUUUCUUUGUUUUCCGUUUAAUUUUUGUUUCAAUACCUAUAUUUAUAUAUUAUAUAUAUACAUACGUAUACAUAUAUAUAUAUGUAUAUAUGCAUAUAUAUAUAUAUAUAUUUUUUUUUUGUUCUUUCUCUGUUUUCUUUUUCUUUCGCUGUAUCUUCUUAUUGUUAGCGCAUCAAUGGUAUUUUCCGACUAUCAUGAUCGAUCGACGAAAUAAGGGAAAAGUAAAUAUCGUCGAUCUUAAAUAUGUUCUUUUUUUUCUUUUCCCAUUUAUCCUUUUCUUGUGGUAUACCGGAGAUCAGCAUGUGGCGUAUGUUGAAGUAAUAAUACAUUGUAUUUAUUUUGUUGGUUUAA